AUGAGCUCAACAACUGUACUGCCACGUAUCACCCCGGUGAGCACCCCGCUACCGACGGGAAUCACUCAGCCGCCACCUCGAUCUCAUAGCUCUGCCUCGCUCUACGUCCCAUACCCACCCCGGGAACUCUCCAGCUAUGGAGACUUCAUCCGGAUACCAGGACGCGUGAACCCGCUUGCGCCGCCCCCGCCGCGACGAAGGAUCAACUGGAGUUGGGAGACGACAGACCAGCACUAUGAGAAUGAGAAGCGGGCCUUGCUCAUGCAGAAGCGAGAACACACGAGGUAUCACUCAGCCUGGUCUAAAGCGUUCUAUGGGGCACCUGCUGAAAAAGAAGCAUACAGACGUCAUUUUCGGGAGGUGUUAAAGCAACAGAUGUCAGACAAGAGUGUUAUGGCCAAAGAGGAGUUUCAACAAAAGGUUGCCGAGACGGAACAGGCUAUAGCGUAUGAUCGCCAAUGUCGAUCGCAUGAUGCCGAGGAAUACCACAAGAAGCACCAGUUUCUGAUGAAAUACAGAGAUACAAAUAAAUCGCAAAUGGAGGAAAAGUGGGCACAUAGAAAAUACAACAGAGAGUUGGAAAAUAGGGUGGACAGAGAAAGACUGCGAUAUAACCCGAUUAAUUGGAGCUGUUCACUAAAAUAGUUAACAUUAUUAGAAUAGCUAUAACGAGAUUCUUCAACUUACUGUGAUUUCCUCAUAAAACUGUUGUAGGUAGUUAUUUAUAUACAACGUAGAUACAACAGUUUAACAGUUUCUAAUUACAAAACUGGGGGCAUUUUGUUGUCAACAACGCUAUUUAUAGUCCAAUUAUUUGCUUAUUACCUUAAGCAGUUAACCUAUCUCUUAAAAUGAUACAAGUGUCAGACUGCUAUUGUUUAAGCUACUAGCAAUAUUGUUUUUCUAUAGCACUGAUUUUAGUACAAGCUCUGAAAAUGAUGAACAAGUUUUUGCAUUAUUUUGCAACUCACAUUUAUUAAAUAUGUACUGAAAUGACAACCAUUUUGAAGUUAAAAUAAUAUUUUUAUGCCCCCCUUCGAAGAAGAGGGGGUAUAUUGCUUUGCUCAUGUCGGUCGGUCGGUCGGUAGGUCGGUCGGUCCGUCCACCAGGUGGUUGUCGUAUGAUAACUCGAGAACGCAUACGCCUAGGAUCAUGAAACUUCAUAGGUAGAUUGAUCAUGACUCGCAGAUGACCCCUAUUGAUUUUGAGGUCACUAGGUCAAAGGUCAAGGUCACGGUGACCCGAAAUAGUAAAAUGGUUUUCGGAUGAUAACUCAAGAACGCAUACGCUUAGGAUCAUGAAACUUCAUGGGUAGAUUGAUCAUGACUCGCAGAUGAUCCCUAUUGAUUUUGAGGUCACUAGGUCAAAGGUCAAGGUCACGGUGACCCGAAAUAGUAAAAUGGUUUCCGGAUGAUAACUCAAGAACGCAUACGCCUAGGAUCAUGAAACUUCAUGGGUAGAUUGAUCAUGACUCGCAGAUGACCCCUAUCAAUUUUGAGGUCACUAGGUCAAAGGUCAAGGUCACGGUGACCCGAAAUAGUAAAAUGGUUUCCGGAUGAUAACUCAAGAACGCUUACGCCUAGGAUCAUGAAACUUCAUGGGUAGAUUGAUCAUGACUCGCAGAUGACCCCUAUCAAUUUUGAGGUCACUAGGUCAAAGGUCAAGGUCACGGUGACCCGAAAUAGUAAAAUGGUUUCCGGAUGAUAACUCAAGAACGCAUACGCCUAGGAUCAUGAAACUUCAUAGGUAGAUUGAUCAUGACUUGCAGAUGACCCCUAUUGUUUUUGAGGUCACUAGGUCAAAGGUCAAGGUCACGGUGACCUGAAAUAGUAAAAUGGUUUUCGGAUGAUAAGUCAAAGGUCAAGGUCACGGUGACCUGAAAUAGUAAAAUGAUUUUCGGAUGAUAACUCAAGAACGCUUUUGCCUAGGAUCAUGACACUUCAUAGGUACAUUGAUCGUGACUCGCAGAUGACCCCUAUUGAUUUUCAGGUCACUAGGUCAAAGGUCAAGGUCACAGUGACAAAACUCGUGCUCACACAAUGGCUGCCACUACAAUGGACAGCCCAUAUGGGGGGCAUGCAUGUUUUACAAACAGCCCUUGUUGCAAUGGUUUUUAAAUGUGAAUAAAGUAUUAUAUUUAUCAUGAUAAUCAUAUCAUUGUGCUUUGUGUGAAAAUUGAUUCAUUGUCUGCUUUGUAAUUAAAAUUUAUAAUUUUCAUUACAUGUAAAAAAAAUAUAGUAUCAUGACUUUUUUCUCAUUGUAUAAGUUAUUUUUUAUGAGCCUAUUAUAGGCAAUUCAUUGAGAUAAAACUUAACCAAUUUUCACAAAACUUUUUGAAAAUAUAAGUUCACAUAAAAUAGAGUCCAAGUUUGAUAACCAGCCAAUGCCCAACAAUUAUUUCCUUUUCUUUAUACAAAAAGGGCAAAUUCCCUGUAUCAACUCUCAUAACUCAUUCACUUCCACAUAAUCUUAACCAUCCUUGCCAAAUAAGGGGUCCAUUUUUUACAACAGAUGUAUAGUUCUGUUCAUGACCUAUUUAAAUGUUUACAUAUCAUAUGCCAUGUGGGAAACACUGCCACACAGUACAUGUAAUCAGUUUAAUUGUCUGCUAACUUGCAAAUGGAUGUACUAAAUCAAAUUUACAUAUAACCGAUACACAUCGAGAUUUACUAGAAGUCAAUUGCAGGUCCACCCGUAAAUUGUAUAUGCACUCAUGAAGAGGCAGGUGACCCUGCCAGUAAACUAUGAAAUAUGCACACAUAUACUAAAAGUAGAAUAAUGAUUGCCAAGGAAAGAAUGCCACAAAAAUGUGGCAAUGAUAAUCAACUUUCUCAACAGGUAACCUUCUUUAAAAAAUCCUUUGCCAUUUCAAAUUUUAAAGGGGCCUUUUCACAGAUUUUGGCAUGUUUUGAAGAUUGUCAUUAAAUGCUUUAUAUUGAUAAAUGUAAACAUUAAUUUUUAAAAGCUCCAGUAAAAAAUCAAAAAUAAAAUUUAAUAAAGGAAAAAAAGUAGCAUGCAGCAGGGCUCGAACCAGUGACCCCCGGAAUCCUGAAGUAAAAACACAUUUGCCAACUGAGCUAUCCUGCCAAGUAUACAUAUAUUGUGUAUUUUAUACGUUAUAUAAGCAAUCUUCGUAGUUUCACAAAUUUAAACGACAACAACAGAACUCUCCAAAUUAUUUAAUCGUUUCGCGUUGCAACGCUUUAUAAUUUUUAGUUUUAAAAUCGUCAAAAGAUGCAUAAUAAAAAAAUAAUAAUGCCUAUAUUAAACCAUGGCAAAUGUUCAGUAAUACUGUUUCCUCACAAAUAUCACAACUAAACCGAAAAUUUGCGAAUCUGAAACAACUUUUUUCAAUUUUGUCAAUUUACGAAACCGUGAUAAGACCCCUAUAACCGGUUGUGGGCAAGCAGGCGUCCUCUUAACUAAAAUCCUGGAUACCUAUGUGAUAAGGGCUGUAACGAUACACAAUGGAAUAUUCGAAUACGGCUGUGGACGAAUCGUAUUCUUUAUUCGCCACCUCCCGAACCGAAUAUUUGACGAAUACAAACAACGUGGUUUCGAGUUUGAAAGGUUAAUCAUCUUAUGUUACCUUACAAAUAAAGAUUAAUACAAUAAACCCCUACAUUUAAAUGUUCUUCUCCUUAUUACGGCCUUUUUCAUCAUUGUUUACCCCACCCACUAUGUUACACAGUGAGAUUAUCAACAAAAAUGGGAGGCACCGGUUGAAAAUUUACGACAUUGAACUGAAAAAUCUUUUGAUGGUUGUUUAAUAUUUAUUUAGGUAAAUACGAGUGAAUUGAUGCUCAAACAUAAGCACAACAGAUUAGCAGAUGGAAUUUAUUUUUUGUUUAUCUUUACCAUUAUGAUUGUGCAACUUAUCAACAAACAUGGAGCCUAGCAAAGGGAAUGCGCUACUUUGGUUUCCCCAUAGUCAUGUUUUCAAAACUGUGUUCAAAGUUUAAGCAGUUGUAGUCAGUGUAUGUCUAUUUCAAAAUUUUAUAUUUCAUAUUUUCAGUAUGCAAUGAUUCUCAUUUAUCAAAUUGACAAAUUAGUUUCAUACUAUAUAAUUUCAUGUCAAGUUUUCAGUAUUAAUUUUGUUCAUUGAAAUUCAUAUUCGCGAAUAAAUAUUCGUAUUCGCCACCCUGUAUUCGUGAUACGUAUCGUAUUCGUUUCCUAGUGUAUUCGUUACAGCCCUAUAUGUGAUUGAUUGAAUAAUACUUGAAGCCUAUUUAAACAAUAAAGUUAACAAACAGUAGAAACAUAUAUGCCAGUUAAUGGUCAAUUAUAUGAAUAUCAGAACGUCUUUUAUAUUUUCAAGAACUGUCGGUGAGAAUUAAAACUUUCAUAUAUAUAACAGAAUAUGUGUGUAUUGGUUGUUUUUUAUCUUCAUAUGUUGUGUUUUGUUUUGUCUUACAAUUUUUUAAGAAAGAGACUGUUUCAGAUAAAAAAUAUUGUUUUGUUUUUUUCUACAUUUCACAUUGUAAUCACUAAUGUAUUUCAGUAUUAUUUAUGUAGUAGAAACAUUAUAUACUAUGCGUUACAUGUAAUUUUCAUUUCCUUAAUUUUGUACAUGUUUAAUUUAACUCUUCCACAUUAUGCUCUUUUCCAAAUUAUUGGACAGUUACAUAAAAUAUUUGUCCCAGUACGCAUGUUUAAUAUAUAUAUAUUUUGUGAAAAUUAAGUCGUCCUUUUUAAAUAUCACAGUGAUAUAUUGUGAGGAUUCCCUGGUCAUAUUUGAACAUCUUUAACGUUAAUGUGACAUUAUAGAAGUCAUUUACUUCUUGAAAAGACUUAAGGAAAAUGUAAUGAAGAUAAUACUUUGUAAAGCUACCCUUGUAUACGCUGUCGAAAAGUUUAUUAUUGUAUAUUGUAUUUUGUAUAGUAUAUAUUGCUAUGGUUUCUACUUUUCUUCUGUGAUUUGAUGUUGCCACUGUAAGCGUGUGUCUCUUCCUUGACAUUUAUAAUAUCAAUUUGUUGAAUAAAAAUACAAAAAUUCAAAGUA